AGCCCAAAAUCAGUGACCGGUCAGUAAACUGGAGCUGGUCAGGGUCUGGUCUGCUAUUCACAAAUAGAUGCAAAUGUCUCUCUGUGUCUCUGUCUCAGGGGGUGAAGCCUGCCAGUUAUAAUAAAGUGACGGAUCCCGAGGUUAAAGAGAUCAUCGGCGAAUGCAUUUGUCAGAAUAAGGAGGAGCGUUACUCCAUCAAGGACCUGCUGAAUCACGCGUUCUUCGCCGAGGACACGGGCGUGAGGGUGGAGCUGGCGGAGGAGGACGACGGCCUGAAGACCUCCAUCGCUCUCAAGCUGUGGGUGGAGGAUCCCCGGCGGCUGAAGGGCAAAUACAGGGACGGAGGAGCCAUCGAGUUCAGCUUCGACCUGGAGAAGGAGGUCCCUGAGGCCGUGGCGCAGGAGAUGGUCGAGUCUGGUUUCUUCCACGAGAGCGAUGCAAAGAUAGUGGGCAAGUCUCUCCGCGACCGAGUGGCUCUGAUCAAGUGGCGCAGGGAGAGGACGGCCCCGAGGGCCCCGCAGGGCGGCCCUGCUCCGGGGCCCGUCCCCUGUGAACCGGCCGGUCUGCUGGAGCCCGAGGAGCCCGAGGUGGAUCAGCACGUCCACGUGUGUCCGCUCAGCACCAGGACCACCUCCACCACAUGCAAGUGUUCCUGUCUGUUACCUAUAGCUCUACCCUGCUUUAAACAAUACUCUUACGUAAUGCACUUAAAGUGCUCUAUUGUCACUUGCUAAUUUUGUAAGUUAACAGUCUUUAGUACCCCUUUAGAUAAAC